GGUAAAGGAGCUGUAGCAGACUGUUUUGAACGCCUCCUGUUCGCCCCUGUCCGCUGCAGGUUGAGCUGGGUUGUUGUACGGUUUAUCUCCAGGGACUAGAACCCGCAGACUGGCCCGUGUUGUGGGACAGUGCUGGCGGCCGUGUGUUGUGUGAGACUCAUCCUACAUGAAUUCAUCGCCAUGAGCAACAAGGAGAUGGUUUCCACGGAGACAGAGAAUAAAGGACAGAGGAAGGUGUUUCUUCCUAACAAGCUGCUGGAGUGUCUCCCUCGCUCGUCCAGUCUGCCUAACGAGCGGCUGAGGUGGAACACUAACGAGGAGAUUGCUUCUUACCUCAUAUCGUUUGACAGACAUGACGAGUGGCUCUCCUGCAGCCUGAAAACCAGGCCGAAGAACGGCAGCAUCAUCCUGUACAACAGAAAGAAGGUGAAGUACAGGAAGGACGGAUACUGCUGGAAGAAAAGGAAGGAUGGAAAAACGACGAGAGAGGACCACAUGAAGCUGAAGGUCCAGGGCAUGGAGUGCCUGUAUGGCUGCUACGUCCAUUCCUCCAUUGUGCCAACAUUCCACAGACGAUGCUAUUGGCUGCUGCAGAACCCAGACAUUGUGCUGGUCCACUACCUGAAUGUGCCGUCCUUGGAGGAUUCUGGGAAAUGCAGUCCUCUGCUGUGUGCAGUGGCCGACCGUCACGACAGCGUGAGGUGGAGCCGAGACGACCUGCUGAACCAGCUGAAGCCCAUGUGUACGAUGAGCCUCGCAGUUCACAGUAUGAAGUGCUCGGUGGGUUCAGGUGAUUUCAGUAUCGAGGAGCUGGUUCAACACAUCCUGGACCGACAGAGAACCAAACCACAGCCUCGCACACACACCUGUCUCUGCACCACCGCCCAGGUUUCUUCAGGAGUUAACAUUCCCCACCGCUGUAACAGCACCAAGCAUCGCAUCAUCUCCCCCAAACUGCCUCCCUCCUCCUGUGGACCCUCCCCCUACCUGCUGUCCUCUGAGGCGGGGGAGGCAGGGAGAGGGGGGGGAGGAGGAGGAGAAGCCAAACUGCCUCACCUCCAGGCUCAGAGCAGCCCUGCUUCGUCUCCCUGCCCCUCCUCCACCUCAGCCUCGUCUCCCCCUCAGCCCCAGAGAGGCGCCGUCACCAUGAGUAACCACAGCAACAGCUUCUACGGCGACCACCGUGGCAACCUGACGACGGUGGCGCUGCCCCAGAACGCUGUGAUCGUCAUGGCGACUACCACCGCAAUCACAGGAGGAAGUGGGGGGCAAGGGGGAGGCAGGGUCAGAGGCGAGGAGCCGGGCGAGAGGAGGGGCCUAUCACUCACCCGAUCUGGCCAGCUACUGCUCUCCCCCACCCUCACCCCUUCUGCCAGCAAGCCUGCCCCCCCCUCCCCACCCUCUUCCUCCUCCUCCUCCUCACCUGCUCCCUCCUCCCUCCCCCCUCCUCCUGUGCAUGCGCCAGGGGUGGCCACCCUUUCCCUUACCCUUCUCCCCUCUCCUGUCAUUGGAGGCCUGCUCCUCACCCCCUCCUCCUCUAACACCUCCUCCUCCGCCUCCCUCCGCUCCCCUCCUGCUCCUGUCACCACUUCCCCUCCCUCUCCCUCUCCCUCCUCCUCCCCUUCACCACCCACGCCUCCCUCAUCUCUCUCUCCCGCCUUCGACCCCGACUCCUUCCUCAACUCCCCCAAACAGGGGCAGACAUACGGCGGUCCCCCUCCUCCCUCCUCCUCUACUCCCUCCCCUGUCCUCUGUUCCUCGUCCCCUCUAUCUUCCCCUUCCCUCGCUCUCUCCCUCUCCCCCACCUCCAUCCCUCCCUCCUCCGUCUCCCCUCCAUCCUCACUCUCCUCCCUCUCCUCCUCCUCAGAGGCAGACCGGAGAGACUCAGCCCUCCCCCUCUCCUCCUCUUCUUCACUGUCCUCCCCACCUUCAUCCUCCCUCCCACCCCCUCCCUCUCUCUCCCUGUCCCCCACCUCCUCCGUAGCUCCACCCAUCCUCCCCCUCUGCCUAGAACUGGGAGCUCUGGGGGCGUCGGAGGUGGGGGCAGAAGAGGCAGGAGAAGAUGAACAGGUGAAGGACAGAAGAGACGAUGAUGAUGAAGACGAAGGCAGCGCUCCUCCCACCAAGCUGGCUCUGCUGCAGUCUCAGAUUUCUGCCUCUGUCCGUCCUCUUCAGCAGAACCACGCCUCCUCUGCCUCGUCGCCACGGCAACAGACAGGAAGUGCCGCUGCUUCACUGCUCCUGGUUUGCCAAGACUCGGCGACCGAUCCCACUCAGUCGGCCAAUCACACGCGACGACAGGCCGACGGACAGCAGCCAUUGGUCCUGAGACGGUCCUGUAAUCACCUGUCUGCACCUGAGGCCCUGGAUCAGAUAUCCCAUCAGCCCCUGGUGCUGCAGCAGUCGUCGCUUUUUGCCAGCACUAAAGCUAACGGGGUGUCCACCCCUGUUGCCAUUACCAUGGCUACUGCUCACCUGGCGACGCCCCCAAUUCAGGUGAAGGAAGAGAGCAGGCCGGGCUGCGACUCCGAGGACACCUGCAUGGACACACACCUGGAGGAGGAGGUGGAGCCCUGCGAACGGGGAGGGGAGGAGCUCGACAUCUCCUUCGACAGCCAGUUUCCUGACCUCAUCUCUGACCUCAUCACCGAGGAGGCCAAUCCCGUCUCAGCUCACCCCGUCCCUGGUUCCUCCGCCCCGCCAAACCCGGCCGUGUUCCCGGCGGGGGUCCGAUAUGUGGUCCCCCCCCAGCCCUCGCCCUCCUCCUCCUUCCUCCCCUUCCCUCACCCACUGCCCUCCUCCUCCACCACCCGCCUCGCCUCCAUCACUGACUUCUCCCCCGAGUGGUCCUACCCUGAGGGGGGUGUGAAGGUGUUGAUAACAGGACCAUGGAGCGAGCUGUCGGGUCGAUACUCGUGUGUUUUUGAUCAGAGCACCGUCCCUGCAUCGCUGAUCCAGCCCGGAGUGCUGCGCUGCUACUGCCCCGCCCACGAGGCCGGUCUGGUGUGUCUGCAGGUCCUGGAGUCCGGAGGUUCCGUUUCCUCUUCGGUUCUGUUCGAGUACCGAGCGAGGAACGCCAGCUCUCUGCCGAGCUCUCAGCUGGACUGGCUCUCACUGGACGAUAAUCAGUUCAGGAUGUCCAUCCUGGAGCGGCUGGAGCAGAUGGAGCGCAGGAUGGCAGAGAUGGCCGCCCGCGACAGCAACCAGCCGCAGCAGCAGCAGCAUCCACAGCAGCACGGCAACCAGCUGGCCACGCCCCCUCCCCCGCCCCUACCUGAGGACCAAGAACAGUCGUCUCAGUGGUUUGAGAGGAGGAUUGUGGGAGUGUGUGAGCGAAUGAUGAGGGUCGGACGGUGGGGUGGAGGAGGAGGAGGAGGAGGAGGAGGAGGAGGAGGAGGAGAACGGCUUCAUCACUCUGUCCGUCAUCGUGGGAUGACACUGCUCCACUUGGCUGCUGCACAGGGAUACACACACCUGAUCCACACACUGAUCCACUGGAGGAGUUUUAACAGCGACAGUUUGGACUUGGAACAAGAAGUCGAUCCGCUCAACGUCGACCACUUCUCCUGCACCCCGCUGAUGUGGGCGUGUGCUCUGGGCCACCAGAGGGCGGCAGAGCUCCUCUACAGCUGGAACAGUCUUGCUCUGGGGAUCCCUGAUUCGCUGGGACGCCUGCCGCUCGCCGUGGCUCGCUCCCGCGGGCACACGCGCCUCGCCACGGCGCUGGAGGAGCUGCACACGCACACACGCAUGACGUCCAGGGACGCGCACACGCCGGCUACCCCACAGCCGCAACUGCCCCUGUCUCCUCUGUCCUCCAGCCCAGACACAGGUCUGAGCUCCUCCAGCAGCCUCCCCUCCCCCAGCGACCCCUCCUGCCCCUCCCCGAGCUCCGCCUACUCCAGUGGCCCCGCCCCUAUGGACACCUCCCCUUCCUCCCCCUCUUCUCCUUCCUCCUCCCCUUCCUCUCUCCCCAUGUCGCCGCCCUCUGCCUCCUCCCUUCCUCUCAUGUCCGUGUGGGGGGAGGAGCCAGACGCUGGUUUCAGCACAGGUCUGAACCCCGGAGCAUCCGCAGACUCUCCUCUGCACCUCAUGGACUAUGAGAGCGCCUCCCCCAGCCACACACACAUUUACACUCGUGCACACGCACACUCAGCGGGCGGAAGGCAGUCGCACACGGCGGCGGCGCUGGAGGAGCAGCUGCUGAGCUACAGCGAGAACGCGGAGAACGAAGGGGAGGAGGAGGAGUACCUGGAGGAGGAGGUGCUGCAGGUUGACAUGGCAACGCUGGCCGAGCAGAUCAUCGAGGCGACCCCAGAGCGAAUCAAACAGGAGGACUUCCCCCGGGGGGCGGAGUCCCCGCUCAGAGAGAGACGGGACAACCCUGCUAUACAGGACACCUGGCUGGCUACCUACCUGAACACGGUCGACGCCCACACACACUCCCCACCCAGAAGGGUGUGCCCUCCCUCACCUCUCAGUACACUGGCCCUCCAGAGGCUCCGCCCCCCCUCCUCUGCAGCAUGGGCGGAGUUCCUGAAUGCCUCGGCCAAUGGGAAGAUGGAAAGAGACUUUGCGCUGCUGACGCUGACGGACGGCGAGCAGAGGGAGCUGUACGAGGCCGCCAGGAUCAUCCAGAACGCCUUCAGGAGAUACAAGGGUCGGAGGUUAAAGGAGCAGCAGGACAUGGCUGCUGCCGUCAUUCAGAGGUGCUACAGGAAGUACAAACAGUACGCUCUGUAUAAGAAGAUGACCCAGGCGGCCAUCUUGAUCCAGUCCAAGUUCCGGUCGUACUACGAGCAGAAGCGUUUCCAGCAGAGCCGGCGUGCGGCCGUCCUCAUCCAGCAGUACUACCGCAGCUACAAGGAGUACGAGAGGCUGAAGCAGGCGCCGCGCGGCGCCGCCAGCCACAACCCCAAGAUCAAGGGGUCGUUCCUGACGAAGAAACAGGACCAGGCGGCCAGAAAGAUCAUGAGGUUCCUGAGACGCUGCAGACACAGGAUCAAAGAGCUGAAGCAGACGAGGGAGCUGGAGAGAAGAGGACUGACCACUUAGACCUUUGCUUCCCUCCUUCCAUCUCCUGGAGGGAAAGAUACGGAGGAGAGGAGGAGAGAGGAGAGAGGGAUGACGGAGAGAAAACGUCAGCAGGUUUACAAAGGGACAGAAACCGGACGAAGAAAUGAAAUGAGUGAUGGACAGAAGGACACAGUGACGGAGAGAUGCCUUACCCCUACUCUUAUUCUUCCUUCUGUUCCUCUGCUACCUGUCCAUCUGCCUGUCCAUCUACCUGUCCACCUGCCUGUCUAUCAUCUGUCUCCUUGUUGAAUGUAGCUGUUUUCAGCUUCCUUCGUUCGAAAACGUCUCGUCGUCCUGUUGCCUUGCAGGCACAAGACCCUCGGUCCUGUCUGAGGUCGGGUGUCCUGGUGAAACAACACUUUGGACUGAACGUGUCCACAUGUGGACUCAUCUCUCCUCGAAGGCAAAGUUCAGGGCAGAGAAACCAUCACUGACUGCUGUUUACCUGUGAAGGUGCAGAGACGAGGACUGAACCAAUCAGGUUCAGGCAGAAGGACAGAAGGCUGAGUGUCUCACGUCCUUCAGCUUUAAAUCAGACGCUUGGACUGAACGUCAGGACCUGAGUGAUCACAGCCGAGGACCUGAUGGACACAUUUCAACACAGUCACACGACACGCACACAGGGGACACACACACAGGGACACACAGGGAC